AUGUCUAAGGGUGACGUUAACCAGGCCGACAAGUCGGUGUUCGGCAUGCCCGGCUUCGUUGUCGACUUCAUGAUGGGUGGUGUCUCCGCCGCUGUCUCCAAGACCGCUGCUGCCCCCAUCGAGCGUAUCAAGCUCCUGAUCCAGAACCAGGAUGAGAUGCUCAAGGCCGGUCGUCUUGACCGCAAGUACAACGGCAUCGGUGACUGCUUCAAGCGUACCGCCGCCUCCGAGGGUGUCGUCUCCCUGUGGCGUGGUAACACCGCCAACGUCAUCCGUUACUUCCCCACCCAGGCCCUGAACUUCGCCUUCCGUGACACCUACAAGUCGAUGUUCUCCUACAAGAAGGAGCGUGAUGGCUACACCAAGUGGAUGAUGGGCAACCUGGCCUCCGGCGGUGCUGCUGGUGCCACCUCCCUGCUCUUCGUCUACUCCCUUGACUACGCCCGUACCCGUCUGGCCAACGACGCCAAGUCCGCCAAGGGUACCGGUGACCGUCAGUUCAACGGUCUGGUUGACGUCUACCGCAAGACCCUCGCCUCCGACGGUAUUGCCGGUCUCUACCGUGGCUUCGGUCCCUCCGUUCUCGGAAUCGUCGUCUACCGUGGUCUGUACUUCGGUAUGUACGACUCGAUCAAGCCCGUCCUCCUGGUCGGCCCUCUCGAGGGUAGCUUCCUUGCCUCGUUCCUGCUCGGCUGGACCGUCACCACCGGUGCCGGUGUUGCCUCGUACCCCCUGGACACCAUCCGUCGCCGUAUGAUGAUGACCUCUGGCGAGGCCGUCAAGUACAGCAGCUCCAUGGACGCUGCCCGCCAGAUCGUCGCCAAGGAGGGCACCAAGUCGCUCUUCAAGGGUGCCGGUGCCAACAUCCUGCGUGGUGUCGCCGGUGCUGGUGUCCUGUCCAUCUACGACCAGGUCCAGCUCCUGCUCUUCGGCAAGAAGUUCAAGUAG